AUGGCCUUCGACUCGGAAGAAAGCCCCAUAGAGCGCAAGCUGGCAUUACUCGCCCUUCAAAAACGAGACAGUAGCAUUAAGAGCAUCUUGACACAUGCACCGCACGCUGUUCUAUUCCACCUCAACCAUUCCCCUCUCUCUGGCGACCCUACCCCCACCUGGGAGAAGGUCGACAUUGAAGGCCUCCUGUAUCUGGUCAAUACUGUCAAUGGUCAAUUCCGAUUGAUGCUCCUGGACAGUGAUCAGCCUCCAUCUGGUAUCCCUGACUACGCUCAAGGGGACGUAUGGACUAUCACUCUCACUCAAGACGUAGUUGCUGAGCAGCACGGACAUACUUUGCAUCUUAGGACUGCCAACAGUGAAGUUUUCGCUAUUUGGUUCACCUGUGCUGAAGUCGCCGACCGGGUGUGCUCCUACGUCGGAUCGAUACUCUCCGCCCGGCCCCUUCCCAGCCCUCCAUCUCCUUCCGACCUCCUCAAGAUGAUAUUGGCCCAACGUGCCCCUAAAGUGGCCUCUACUACGCCCUACCAGAAUGAUACUAGCAACGGCGAAGGAAGUGCUCAAGGAUCCGAGCAAGAGGAGAUGCCUCCGUCCUCGAGUGUGCCCAGUGUGGAAGGCUCUAACUCCUGUGCCUCAUUGACCAGCAAUAGCAACAUUGCCGCUGGUCAGCACAUCCUGAGCCUUUUGAAGGGUAGUGGGAAGAACACUACCCCAGCAUCAACGGAAGCGGUAUUGGAGUCUCCGACGCGUAGCAAUAAUUCACACUCUAGUCGCUCGGCUGCAGAGGAGGAAGGCCCUGAGGGGCGUCAGGGAGUUACAAUGGAUACCUUCCAAAUGCUAGAGGCCGAGCUCUCUAAAGCCAGCCCUUGUUGUGAUGAAGAAGAUGACGAUGACUGUAGUGAAUCGACAGCCGGCCCUUUGGAGGGAAUAUGUGUUACGAGGAGCAAGCUCCGACAGGCUCUGGUUGACGUUGUCAGCUCAGAUGCCUUCCUUGAUAUGUUCUUGCAACGGUUGAGUAACUCCCAGGAUGGUGCUAAAAAUAGACAAAUCCCGGCGGAUGGCAUAUUACCGUCACUGAUCGUGUCACACCCGGCUGUGGGAGUCGGUGAGCACCCACGAGAAAGCAGCAAGGUCUUGAUGAUAUACACGGGGGGCACUGUGGGCAUGCAACCGGGCAGCGAUGGGUCGCUCCGCCCAGUUCCGGGAUUCCUCACGGAGAAGAUUUCCCAUCUCGAGGAGCUGAAGCGGCCAGGCAUGCCCGACUGCACGGUCGUGGAGUGGGAGGAGCUCCUGGAUAGCUCGGACAUAACGCCGGAGCAUUGGGCUAAGAUGGCAGAGAGCAUAGAGAACAACUAUUAUGACUAUGAUGGCUUCGUCAUCGUGCAUGGCACAGACACCAUGGCCUAUACAGCAGGAGCGCUAUCCUUCAUGUUGGCCAACCUUGCCAAGACUGUGGUCCUCACCGGUUCUAUCCUGCCCUUUGGAGAACCACAUAGUGAUGCUAGAAGGAACAUCAUAGUGUCCACUCUCAUUGCUGGUCUCUGUAAUAUCCCUGAGGUAUGCGUCUUCUUUAACACUUACCUGCUCAGAGGGUGUCGUUCCGUGAAGGUCGAUAGUGGUUCGAUAGAAGCAUUUGAGUCGCCGAACUUCCCGCCAUUGGCAACUUUAGGAGUCGGCAUUCACUUUAAUUAUCACCUGCUUCUGCCCGCUCCCAAGGGCCGUUUUCAUGUUCACACUUGUAUGGAAAACUCAAUACUGGUCAUCAGGAUGGUGCCUGGCUUCGCCGAUCUAGAGUCACUGAAGGCUAGUGCUGUGAAAGGUGUGGUACUAUCUCUUUAUGGUACGGGCAACGCUCCGGCCAAGCAACAGGAGUUCAUCGACUGGCUUAGGAGGUUCAACGAGAGAGGCACAGCCGUGGUAGCUGUGUCGCAGUGUUUAAAGGGCCGAGUAGAAUUGAAUGCCUAUGCUGUGGGCGCUCAGUUGAUCUCGGUUGGAGUGAUCAGUGCGGGGGAUAUGACCGUCGAGGCGGCUGUAACCAAAUUGAGCUACCUCCUGGGAAGAGGGUUACCAUUACAGCAAAUACGGCGAGCGUUUGAGGUGUCCCUUAGGGGGGAAGUUACGGAGAGUAAUGCUGAUGAGGACAUCUUCCGUGGAUUUGCAGGAGUCGUCUCUAAGCUGUGACCGUUCUUACCAUGCUACUAUCACUAUGACCAAUUUAUCAGCACUAACC